AUGAGGAGAAGGGAUUUGGAUGAAGGACGGAGCAAAGGAAGCAAGGCGAAGGAGGGAUGUGUGAUGCACCUUCGGUUGCAGAAGCGGCGGUCGCUCAUCGACACUCGGCCCCUGUUCGCCAAAGAUAUGCCGCCGUACAUUCGGGUUCCUAAAGAGACCAGUAGGGUCGACGGAUUCCACAACCUUGACAAAGUCAUCAAAGUGUGGAUAGAGAUGUCGAAGUUGGUCUGGGCCGAGGUGAUGUGGCUUCGCCCAAUGGGGUCGUCCGUUGAACGAGAUCAUGAUAUUUUCAAAUCGCCGGAAUAA